AUUCUGAAUUGAUUGUUGUAAAGCUACACACACAACUCUGUUCAUUUCGCUUUAUUGAAGCUGUCGUCUUGCUUUUUUAGCAUAAUCAACAAGUGAGUUCAGAUCGUUCUGUUUGGUGUACGUUUAAUAAGAUCUGAUUGACAUGGAAAAUCGCAAGGGCGAGAAAAAUGCACCAUGGAUGUCGGUCCCACAAUUUGGGGAUUGGGACCAAAAGGGACCUCUCCCAGACUACUCAAUGGAUUUCUCAAAGAUAAGAGAGAUGAGGAAACAAAAUAAGAGAGAUAUAUCAAGGGCUAGUAUUGGUAAUGAAGAAGAAUUUGUUUCCUCCAACACUGCAAAACUUAAUACAGCAAAUAACAGUGCUCCCCACCAUAGUUAUGAUGAGGAUCACCACUCUCCAACUGUGAGGAGAAGCAUUUUGAGCUACUUCAAUUGCUGUGUAAAAGCUUGAUCCAACAUGACCUGAAAAAAAAAAACUUUUUUUCUGCUUUUGUAGUCGAAGAAGCGUUUAGCUGCUAUGUUGUUUGUUCAUUCUUUUUGCUUUGUUUUUCAGUCAACUUGUUAAUGAAACGAAUGCGAUUUGUGAAUUUGUGAUCAUGGUGGGGAUGCGUGCAUAAGUGGCACAAGUAACUAGAAAUGUGUAAUUUCGAUUUGACUGAUUUAGGCUGUAAAAUGUCGAUCAGAAGGAUUCAUUAUAACACUUUCACAAAACAAAUGGUGACUUGAUUUUGUAUGAAAUUUAUGUUUUUUGGGCCUCUUACAAAAGAAG